AUGUCUGAUGACUCGGAUGGCGGCGAGAGCCGCAGGAAGCGGAUCCGUCAGGCUUGCCUGAACUGCCGGCGGAAAAAGGUACGGUGCGGCGGCGAGAAGCCGAUUUGCACCUUUUGCAGCAAAUUGUCGCAGACCUGCGUCUACACCGAAGAUGGCCGAAGUCAUAGGCGCGGACCGCCUUCAGUACACGUCGCUGGCGAGGGCUUGUCAGACGCACUGGACGGCGCGUUCGCCUCUAGGAUCACGUCUGUAGAGGAGCGGCUGACGAGAAUGGAGGGGACGCUCGAGCGGUUUGAAAGGCAAGACAAAUUAUAUACAUGGGCUCCUAAGGAUAUUGUUGCUGAUCACGUCACACAUAGUCUUUUGUCAUCCCUGGUCCAAGCAUCACCAAGGCCACAGCUGCCCCAACAGCCAUCUCCGUCAUCGCAUACCGGGUCUAUGGCAGGCCAAAUGCCGCUGGAUGGACGAAUGACGGAGAGUUCUACUCUGCUGGAUAUGCCGACGGCUGUCCCCUCCGCACUAGGAGGCUUCGUCCAGCCGCCUUUACACACACUUAUAUUUGCAGCCGACGUCUAUUUCCGUUUCUACCAUAAUCAGCCGUUCUCUCUUUUCCACGAAGCGACAUUCCGUAAGCGCCUAGCUGCCGGUGAACUACCAGAACACCAAAUAUGGGCCCUCCUGGCUGUUGCGCGGCGAUAUUCUACCCUGCCUGACCUACAGCUCAGCGCCGUGGACGACGCUAUCUGCUUUGCUAAGCGAGCUUGGGACUGUAUGAAGCUGCCCUGGAGUGGCGCCGCACGACUAGAAGAAGCUGUGCCGGUCAUACAGACUAUUCUACUGAUCGUCUCUAUCGAGCUUCCAGCCUGUGAAUGUGCAUCAGCUUUCAUGAAGCUCGGAUUCGCCAUCCGCUUAGCCAUGUUCUCCAGCAUGCAACAUGAUGCUGCUAAAUCUUUGUCACCUCAAGUGCGGGAGGAGCGCCGGCGCACAUUCUGGUCUCUCUAUCUACAAGAUAAGCUGGUCUCCCUCACAAAAGAGUGGUUUCCUGUUUUGCGCGAUGAGGAGUGCCCGCUCCGCCUCCCGUGUUCGGAGCCAGCCUUCCAAGAAGGCCGCGAGGAGACCACCCCAACGCUAGCCGACUUCUCUGGAGACUGUCUCGACGCGGCAGCCGUAGAUUCGUGUUGUCCUCUGGCAUUGAUCACGGUGAUGGGGAGCGUCUUGUCUAGGGUCUCGCAGUACGUGCUCAGAGAGAGUAGAUACGCCCAGCACGGCCCGCCGUGGAGCUCAAGCAGCCCGUAUGCCUCCAUAUCGUCGACUCUGCUCCAACUCGAGAUGCACUUCGGCAUGGGAGAUCAGGUAGCCGACGGUCUACGGAAGCGGUGCUUUAUAGACGGCGCAGUGGAUCAGCAUCUCGCAGGGAGCUACGUCUACUCCAAGGCCGUGUUUCACCUGUCGCACUGUCUCCUACAUCAUCCGUUCCUAUUACAGCAACGCUUGAAAGUCCUGGGCCAGAAGGCGCCCCCCACUUUCAUCCGUAGUGCGUGGCAAAUAUGCCGCACGCAUGCGAUGAGCUUGACAAGCCUCAAGGACAUGCGUGAUCACAAUGUGGUUAUAGUGACGAGUCUGUACGGGUACUGCAUCAUGGUCGCCGGUACCAUACACGUUCUGGCUAUGAACGACGAGGAUCCCAAGGUACGAGAGGAAGGGAGCAAACAUUACAAGGCUGCCCUUGAGUUUCUCCGAGAGCUAUCAUGCUACUGGAAGCACGCAUCAUUGAUGGUGAGAGCCCCUAAACCCAAUUCCGUGCAGAGGCAUCAAGCUAACAGAUAUUUAAAACCACAGACUAGGCGCCUUGAACGGUUUGCGCAGCAGAACAAAGUUCGCCAUCCAUCUCUUGAUCCAUCGAACCAAGAUGCAAAAGCCCUCUGGCUGAGUGUUGACUAUGCACAAUUGUCCACAGUCACGAGGCCAGGUACCCCGACUGAGGAGAACGAUACCUUUAGCCAGGCCGAUUUCUUCCUGCCUGCGAAUGGCUUCUUCGACUUUGCUAAUCUUAGCAUGCUGGGAGAAGCCACUGACUCAUUUGCGAACUUCCCACUGUUAGAUGGAAAUCUCCUUCAAGAUACGCAUACUAUAGCUUGA